AUGAAUAAGCAACAGGCCAACAACCUGGAGGCGACGGUGGCCCCUGGCCCCCACGAUGGCCCAUGUGCUCCCAGGACAAGCCCGGAGCAGGAGCCUCCCGCCGCCGCCGCUGCAGCCGCUGCCGCUUCCGCUGCCCCCCCUGCCGUGCCGCCGACGCCGCGAGUGCCCCGAUCGGUUUCCACUGGUGCCCAAACUUUCCAGUCCCCAGAAGCACGAGCUUGCGAGGCUGAGCGGCCAGGAGUGGGGGCUUGCAAAUUCAGUAGCCAGCGGGCUCCAGGGGCUUCCGCGGCUCUGCGGGACUGGAGCGAGACGCACGAUGCUCAGGGCGCCCCUCCUUCUGCAAGCUCCGGGCCUGGCAAUGCACUGCAUUGUAAGAUUCCGGCUCUACGGGGCCCAGAGGGGGAUGCUAACGUGAGCGUGGGCAAGGGCACCCUGGAGAGGAACAAUACCCGAGCCGUGGGCUGGGUGAAUAUGAGCCAGAGCACCGUGGUGCUGGGCACAGAUGGAAUCACUUCAGUGCUCCCAGGCAGUGUGGCUACUACUACCACCCAGGAGGACGAGCAAGGGGAUGAGAAUAAGGCCCGAGGGAACUGGUCCAGCAAACUGGACUUCAUCCUGUCCAUGGUGGGGUAUGCAGUGGGGCUGGGCAAUGUCUGGAGGUUUCCCUACCUGGCCUUCCAGAACGGGGGAGGUGCUUUCCUCAUCCCCUACCUGAUGAUGCUGGCUCUGGCUGGGUUGCCCAUAUUCUUCCUAGAAGUAUCGCUUGGCCAGUUUGCCAGCCAGGGGCCAGUGUCCGUGUGGAAGGCCAUCCCGGCCCUACAAGGCUGUGGCAUCGCAAUGCUGAUCAUUUCUGUCCUGAUAGCCAUAUACUACAAUGUGAUUAUUUGCUACACACUUUUCUACCUAUUUGCCUCCUUUGUGUCUGUGCUUCCCUGGGGUUCUUGCAACAACCCUUGGAACACACCAGAAUGCAAAGACAAAACCAAACUUUUAUUAGAUUCCUGUGUCAUUGGUGACCAUCCCAAAAUACAGAUUAAGAACUCAACUUUCUGCAUGACUGCCUAUCCCAACUUGACAAUGGUUAACUUCACCAGCCAGGCUAAUAAGACAUUUGUCAGCGGAAGUGAAGAGUAUUUCAAGUACUUCGUGCUGAAGAUUUCUGCAGGGAUUGAGUAUCCAGGGGAAAUCAGGUGGCCACUGGCCUUCUGCCUCUUUCUGGCGUGGGUAAUUGUGUAUGCAUCCCUGGCAAAAGGAAUCAAGUCUUCAGGAAAAGUGGUGUACUUCACGGCCACAUUCCCCUACGUCGUGCUGGUAAUCCUCCUCAUCCGAGGAGUCACCCUACCUGGAGCUGGCGCUGGGAUCUGGUACUUCAUCACCCCUAAGUGGGAGAAGCUCACGGAUGCAACGGUGUGGAAAGAUGCUGCCACUCAGAUUUUCUUCUCUUUAUCUGCCGCCUGGGGAGGCUUGAUCACUCUGUCCUCUUACAACAAAUUCCACAACAACUGCUACAGGGACACUCUAAUUGUAACCUGCACCAACAGUGCCACGAGCAUCUUUGCCGGCUUCGUCAUCUUCUCUGUGAUCGGCUUCAUGGCCAAUGAACGCAAGGUCAACAUCGAGAAUGUGGCAGACCAAGGGCCAGGCAUUGCAUUUGUGGUUUACCCAGAGGCCUUAACCAGGCUGCCCCUCUCUCCAUUCUGGGCCAUCAUCUUUUUCCUGAUGCUCCUCACUCUUGGACUUGACACGAUGUUUGCAACAAUCGAGACCAUCGUGACCUCCAUCUCGGAUGAGUUCCCCAAGUACCUGCGCACUCACAAGCCGGUCUUCACACUGGGCUGCUGCAUUUGCUUCUUCAUCAUGGGCUUUCCCAUGAUCACUCAGGGUGGGAUUUACAUGUUUCAGCUUGUGGACACGUAUGCGGCCUCCUACGCCCUCGUCAUCAUUGCCAUCUUUGAGCUUGUGGGAAUCUCAUAUGUAUACGGCUUGCAAAGAUUCUGUGAAGAUAUAGAGAUGAUGAUUGGAUUUCAGCCAAACAUUUUCUGGAAAGUCUGCUGGGCAUUUGUAACCCCAACCAUUUUAACUUUUAUCCUUUGCUUCAGCUUUUACCAGUGGGAGCCCAUGACCUACGGCUCUUACCGCUACCCCAACUGGUCCAUGGUGCUCGGGUGGCUGAUGCUUGCCUGCUCUGUGAUCUGGAUCCCAAUUAUGUUUGUGAUAAAAAUGCAUCUGGCUCCUGGCAGAUUUAUUGAGAGGCUGAAAUUGGUGUGCUCGCCGCAGCCAGACUGGGGUCCGUUCUUAGCACAGCAUCGUGGGGAGCGUUAUAAGAACAUGAUCGAUCCCUUGGGAACCUCUUCCUUGGGACUCAAACUGCCAGUGAAGGAUUUGGAACUGGGUACUCAGUGCUAG